UCACCAAAAUACUAGACGGAUUAUUUAAAACCGAAAGUAGUUAAAUAUUGCGUGUAUAUGCGAUUUAGGAAUAUUGCUAUAAAAAGUCACACAACAAAGGAUUUUAUAACAGUGACAAGUUUUGUGCAACAAAAUAAGGAAGGUGACGUAGUGUUGAAGUAAUAAUGGCUCAGAGCAAUAAGAACUACAUGCUCUUAGCAUGUCUGAUCCUCUGCAUUAUAUCCGCAAUUAAUGCACUUCCCCAAUUUGGCAAUAGCGGCUUUGGACAAGGAGGUGGCGGUUUUGGUCAAAGCGGUCAAGGCGGUCAAGGAGGAUUUGGAGGAAGUAGUCAAGGAGGUUUUGGCGGUCAGAGUGGAGGAGGAUUUGGCGGUCAAAGCGGGGGCGGUUUUGGACGACAAAGCGGUGGUGGACAAGGUGGCGGAUUUGGAGGCCAAAGUGGAGGUUUUGGAGGUCAAAGUGGUUUCGGAAGACAAGGAGGAUUUGGGCGAUAAAUUAUUAUCAUGUCGGAGAUUUCAACCUAUGCUAUAAUGUUUAAAAAAUAAAAAGGCAGAAUAUUUGUUAAGAAAUACAUGUAUCAUUGAAA